AUGGAAGAUGAGAAACCAUUUACCCUCGACCCACCCUUUGAAGAUGGCAAGGAGUCAGGUGGCCCAGAUCCUGCGACCGAGGUUGUAGGGAGCCAAGGUGGUGACCCAAUUACCGCCUCCACUAGCAAAACCUCCACUACCGUACAGAGCACUAAAUCAGGCUCGAGUACAAUCUCCGACGCCACCGCACAGAGAACGUCUCUCGAAGGCUUGAUCUCUGAUUCCGACGCUCCGCCUACUGACUCGAGUAGCGAAGAUGACGCCAAUCCAAAGUCGGUAUCCGACUCGGGAAAAACCAAGUCCAAGUCUAAGCAUAUCCGCUCGUUCAGCGGAAGCGGGACCUGGGCGUCGUCCAUGAUGAAAAAGUUGAAGGGUAUAGCUGCUGGAGGCAAGGACGAGUUCCGUGGCCGUCCUCCAGAGAGAAUCUCAAAGACAAAGAAGGAGAGUAAGGAGAAGCAAGAGUGGGCUACCAAGAGACUCAUUGAAGGCGAGCCGAUUUACAAGUACGCCGGGAUCGCCACCACCGCUACAUUUUGGCGAUUCAUACUCGAAGUUCCGGUCAACCCUGAUCCUACUAAGGGAAUGAGAGCACAUUAUACGAUCAAUAAACCGAAGACACCUGUUCAUGCUGGGUAUGGUGAACAAGGUCAAACGCAGCUGUUGAGUACCACCAUCACUUUCCACAUUGCGCCGACUGGUUCGGAUAUGCGAUUUGCUGCAUAUAGUUGCAAUGGGUUCAGCGAAGGUAUCGAUCCGGAUAACUUCAAAGGAGAAGGAUUCGAGAGUGGAUUCGACCCCGUCUGGGCAGACUUGCUAGAAAGACACGAGCAAAGACCGUUCCACGCCCUAUCUUCCCGUGCCCGUCCAAACGUUCUGAUGAACGACCAAUUUUAUAGGUUGAUGAAGGAACCCGAGUUACAAGAAUACGUCAAACUAAAGACUUCAGAAGACAAGAUUCGCUAUCCGCUUACGGAAUCUAUCAUCCCUAUGGUAAAUAUGCUGGAUGAUCAUGAUCUCAUCGACGGAUUUGGAAGCUACCCAGAGCCAUUACAGCGCUCUGCUUUCUUUAAACAGUACGGUGUAUUUACUAUCGUCGAAAGAAUUGGAGCUAACUUGAUCCCAAUAGUAUUGGCUCUCGAGGAUACUUUUGGUUCCUCCUAUUCCAGCAAUUUGUGGUGGAUACUGUUGAUGGAACCCUAA